AUGGUCCUCGCUGCUUGUUCAUUUGCCACGACCAACUUUUCCCCGUCACAGCCAACCGUUCCCGAAUCUCCUCUCCAGGGCUCCUCGUGGGCUCCUCCGAAGCCUCAUCUUCCCGACAACGCGUUUAUGAUUCUCAAGGCACAAUUGUCUAAGAAUACUACGCUAAGCAGAGAAAAUUUCUCAAAGCGGAACCUUGAUGACCCCUGGAUCCUUGCGAACUGCACAAUUGUUAGAACGCUGGUGAAGAAGUACAGCGGGUGUGGCACGCACCCUAACCAAAUCCGAUCAAUAAAUAUCACGACACGCGAGAUCGGAUUAAGCAGCAAGGCUUGCUGA